UACUGGCGCCAGCUCUUAACAGUAUAAGCUGCGUGUGGUAAAAUAGACAUUCGCUUAUGAGUACAGCGAUUUAACAGGCACAGAAAAUAACGAAUGAUUUCUUUUCACAUAAAAACACAAAAUCUCCGAAGAACAAAAUACAGCACUGGACUAAAAUCAUCCACUGGGACUUUGCUAAAAACCCAUGUUUGCAAAAACAAAGAGCAAAACAGAGUCAAGGAUAUUUUGCUGCUAUGCCAGGAGUAUUUAUUUGUUUUAUAUACUGCUGCUGACCAAGACGCGAUGAAGCAGAGUUGGAUGAGAACGUCUAUGUUGUGACGGGCCGCCAAAAGCUUUUCAUAAUCCAUAAAUUAACAAUUAUAGCGUACUUCUGGACUAUAAACGUGACUAUAUUCAUCCAAGAGGAGAGUAUUCAGCGAAACAAGACAAUUAAUUGGACGAACAAUUAUUUUGCACGGCGUUAAGUUUAAGAAGAUUUAGAGAUGGAAGUGGCGGCCGACCAGUCUCGGUGGAUGGCACAUCACCACGCUGUGCUGAACGGUCAGCACCCGGAUUCGCACCACCCUGGUCUGACACAUAACUACAUGGAGCCCGUCGCACAGCUACUGCCGCCGGACGAGGUUGAUGUUUUCUUGAACCACCUGGAUUCGCAGGGGAAUCCAUAUUACCCCAACUCCCGGGCCAGAGUGUCCUACAGCCAGGCGCACGCGCGCCUCACUGGCAGUCAGGUCUGUCGACCACACCUUAUCCACAGUCCAGGCAUACCGUGGCUAGACAGCGGGAAGGCAGCCCUCUCUGCAGCUCACCACCACAACGCAUGGGCGGUCAGUCAUUUCAGCAAGCCCGGGCUGCACCCCGCCAGCUCAGGCUAUCCCUGUAGCAGUACAUCCAGCACUGCUCCUGUGUCUUCGCUCACUCCAUCGUCCCACUCCAGUCCGCACCACCUCUACAGCUUUCCGCCUACCCCUCCCAAAGACGUGUCCCCAGACCCCGGUGCCAUCUCCCCGUCCUCAUCUUCCACAAGAAUGGACGAAAAAGAAUCCAUAAAGUACCCAAUUUCACUAGCAGACGGAAUGAAGAUGGAAGGUUGCAGUCCGCUCCGCAGCAGCCUUGCUUCAAUGAGCGCCCAGCCCUCCACUCACCACCCUAUCCCAACGUAUCCAACCUACUCUAUCCCUGCGCCUCACGACUACAGCGGCAGCCUGUUUCACCCCAGCAGUCUGCUUGGUGGAUCGUCCUCCAGCUUCACUCCGAAGUGUAAAAACAAAACCAGGUCGUGCUCAGAGGGCCGUGAGUGUGUCAACUGUGGUGCUACGUCUACACCACUGUGGAGACGGGAUGGGACUGGACACUACCUUUGCAAUGCCUGUGGCCUGUACCACAAGAUGAACGGUCAGAACCGACCCCUCAUCAAACCCAAACGGAGACUGUCUGCCGCGAGACGGGCUGGCACCUGCUGUGCUAACUGUCAGACAAGCACGACCACUCUCUGGCGGCGCAACGGGAACGGCGACCCGGUCUGCAACGCCUGCGGGCUUUACUACAAACUGCACAACGUGAACCGGCCCCUGACAAUGAAAAAGGAAGGCAUUCAAACUCGCAACCGCAAGAUGUCCAACAAGUCCAAGAAAAUGAAGAGAGGCGGGGAUGGGUUUGAAGAGUUUUCCAAGUCCAUGCAUGACAAGACCUCACCCUUCAGUGCGGCAGCCCUGGCUGGGCACAUGCCACACAUGGGUCACCUGCCACCCUUCAGCCAUUCUGGGCACAUGUUGCCCACCCCAACCCCCAUCCACCCCUCGUUUGCCCACCCACACCACUCAAACAGGUCACCACACUGGGCAGAGCACCACUGACAUCCUACCCACCGCACUCCUCCCUCCGCACUCUCUUCUAAACUGCUGGAAGGGGAGUGGGCAGAAUUUGUUAGCUUUCCGGACUUUUUUAAUGUGGAAAGCAUCAGGACUAUUUUGACCUCAUUUGAUUAAAAAAAAGAUAUAAAGGCAGCUUGUCUGCCUCCAUCAAGUGGACAAAGAAGAGGGUGAAACUAAAGAGCCGUUUUCACUGUUCCCUUUUCCUGUCUUGCACAGAAGCCAGAGAGGGUGUUAAGACAAAUGAUUUGGGACUUUUUACACCCACCUUCCCCCUACAAGGAUAAUUUCUGGCAAAUCAGGUUCUGAAGCUGAACCCCCCCCCCCCCCCAUUGGUAUCACCUGAAACUGGAGGAUGCGAGGCUACUGCUGCCCAAGAUGAACUCUGUGUGGUAGUCCCUGCUAAAUUACUGGUGUUCUGCCUCACUCCAUGGACCAGGACCUGCUGGGGUCACAUCUGUAGAAAUUGUGAAUAUUGCUGACACCAGGAAAGUACGUCCAUAUAUAUAUAUAUACAUAUAUAUAUAUUCUGGAUUACUGAUCAUGGACAUUGCAUAUUUUUAAAGGACUUUAUGAAAAGCAAAAGAAACAAAAAAGUUUAUAAACCUAAAUUUAAAUGUUUAUUAUUCUUAUUGUUAUUAAGAUAAUUUAUUUUCACAGUUUUUAUUAUUUUCUUUCUCAAAACGUGUUGUUAUUCUAAUUUUAUUAUUACUAUUGAUUAAAUCGAACACUGAUUGAUUUGGCCAAGAUUUCAUUCCUGAAUUGAAUGAAGAAUGACCUGAAGCUGAAUGGUCAUUUUGUUUUUCAUAAAAUAAAGACAUUGGGUUUAAGACCGA